AGCUGCCCCAUGUCCUUUUCCCUUUUCUCUCACCACAAAAACACAUAUAAAUAAUCAAAUGCGUGUAUCCAGAUUUGAACUCAGUAAAAACUUUUGCUAGUGAAAAAGUUGGGGAAAAAAACAAAUUACAAAAUUUGCACUCAUGGAAAUUAGUAAAUUGAAACAAGAAGCAAAUAAGAUUGAGGCCCAGACAUCUGAUGUUUCAGAUUAUUGUGCGGCAGGCCUCACAGAUUCUUCACACAAGCAGAAGAAGAAGAGGAGGAGGAGGAGGAAUGUAAUGCAACUAGAAAACAAGGAAAAGGGUGUUUCAAAGAAGCUUAAAAGUCUCAAAUCUAAAGAUAGACAAGCAUCAAAUAAUCCCAAGAAAUCGAGAAGCUGCAGUGCACGAAAGAGGACCAGGUAUACCGACCUAUAUGAUGAUGUCGAAGCUAAGUAUUCCGUAAUGGAGCGAGCAGAAAGAGUACUAGCACAUUUAGAAAAUGAACUACCUCAUUUUGUGAAGUGUAUGCUCCCAUCAAAUGUUGCUCAUGGAUUUUGGCUGCAUCUACCUAAGAAUUUUUGCAGUAUUCAUUUGCCCAAUCAUGAUACAUCGAUUGUGUUGGUGGAUGAAUGGGGAAAUGAGUACAAGACAUCUUACCUUCUCGAUAGGCACGGCUUGAGUGCGGGAUGGAGGGGCUUUUCCUUAUCGCACAGGUUACUGAAAGGAGAUAUAUUGAUUUUCCAUUUGACUGCGCCUUGCAAAUUAAAGGUACACAUUGUGAGAGUAAACGGUGCAGAUGUUGUAGGUGCAGCGCUUUGUCUCAUGAAUAUGGAUGCUUCAGAGAGAAGGAGCAACGGAGAUCUCGUGAAGAAAGAUGACAGGAAGCAGAGGAAGCGCAGAAAGACAAAGUACGUGGAGCCUUAUCAGCUUGGCAGUGCUUCUCCAGUGAAGAACGUCAAGGGCAAAAACUCGAUCCUUAGCCCUGUAGCAGAUCAUAGCAGCACUGCUUUUUGCUCGGAUGUGAUUGAAAAAGGUCCUGAAAUCACGAAUCAGCACCAAACCAACGACCUCUGCUAUCCUGAGACAUCAUUUCUACGCGAUCAUGCCCGUGAGGGUGUCACUUGUAGAUAGUUCCUGCUGAAGCUCCAUCACUUCUACCCCAAAUUCUUACAUUUGAGGACGAAGCUUUGCAAAAGUCUUUUGGAAUUGGCUUUGGACAGCGCGAGUUUUUGACUGGAUCCCAAUCAUAUAUAGAUGCUUCAGACUUUGAUUUUACAACUCGGGGAGCAAAUAGUCGAAGAAAGCGUUGAAAUUUAGAAGUUCUGACAGAAGGCCUUGAAUAUAUACUGACAUCGACAUCGAGGUUAAAAAGAAAAAAAGAAAACUGAAUACAUUAUAUGUCGCUUAUAUUACAUGAUGUUUAUAGAGAAGUUUCAUUAUCAGGGUCUUGUCAUCAAGCAUUUGUAAUGUAGAAUCAUUAUAGUGUAAUGUUUGAAUAUUGAGAAGUUUUGGGUUGUGAACGUAUGUUCCGAGUUACUUGGAGUAGCUGAAAAAAUUACAGUUUGAGUUA